AAACAAAGUUGUUACCCAGGCAACAGAGGGACGCAGAGCUCUCCGCAGUGUAUUUUUGGAUCCUAGAGAGCCACCCAAAAACUGACCCAGAAUAUGGAAUCUGAAAAUGCAGAAGCUGAAAAUAUGGAAUCCGAAAACAUGGAAAUUGAAACCAUUUCCUCAGUUUCAGCUCUGCAGGCUCUCUCUAAGCUGCUUUAUCCGGAAGAGGAUGACUUUGAGUCCGGACAGUCAAAUAGUUCAUCUGCAAUGGGAGCUAUGGGUCCUGGGAAUAUUGGACCACCAAAAAGAGAAGCGCUUAAAGUCAUCCCUCAAACAAGUGAUGAAAAUAGUGAGCACAUCUGGAAUCCAGAGGAGGUUCCAGAAGGGGCAGAGCACCAUGAUGUGUGGGAUAUUAGAGAAACACCAGAAUAUGAAGUUGUGUUCAAACAGCAGGUGGGAACUGAAGAUAUGUUCCUGGGAUUGACCAGAAAGGACCCUUCAACUGCGUGUUGUAAGGAUCUAGUGAUUAAAAUUAAACUGCCAAAUACGAACCUUUCUGAAAUUGAAAUCAACAUUCAGGAAAUGACCCUUGACCUCCGUACUCCUAAUAAGAAGCUGUUGGCAACCCUUCCCCAUCCUGUGGAAUGCAGCAGUGCCAAAGCUUUCUAUAUUGUUGAAACUGAGACUCUCGAGGUCACUGUGACUAUGAAACGAGAGUUGGAUUUUAUUAAUUUCUUCUGAAACAACAUGAAUAAGGAGGAAAAGUGGUAAAAUACCACUGAUAAAAAAUUUAAAACUUUGAAAAAAUUGGUUAAUGUUUUCUAUCUUCUCUUUAUUAUUCUGACAUAUUUCAGGCAGGGCCUAAAUUCAAUUCUAGCGCUAUUCUGAUCAUUUACAGUCAUUUCUAUUAAUCUAGUAGAAAAUGCUGUUUUCUCAUACUAAUAAGCUAUUCCAUUUUUAUAGUGAUAGCUGGAUAGAAUUUACAGGCUAACCAAUUAGAUUACUACAUGGUCAGCUAAAUAACUGAAAUAUGACCAUGAAAUCGUUGGUCCACUUAUUUCAGUAGUCUGAAGAACUCAAGCCAAUUGAUUAUACCUUGAUACAAUCAGUUGCAUAGCAAUUGGUCAUUACUGUCACCAGAAAAGCUUAUUUAGUUUCCUUUUUGUUGAUUUAGUCAAAUGAUUUCCAGUGUUCUCUGUUUAGGCUCUCACUAUUGUUCUGUAAUAUACAAAUAACAGAGGAUUAUAAAUAGUGCCAUACGAACAACAUGUUUUACUUGAAUAAGAAAUACUCUUGAGCACACAGUGUUAUUUGGCUUCCUCGGUCCUGUUCUCAGUGUUUGGAUCUAUUUAAGUUAAAAAUAUUUUCCUUUUGUGCACUAAUAAUUAUUAACAAUGCCUUUUUGAGUACUGUGUUUAUAUUUAGUAAUUGAAUUUCUUGACAUUUAAAAGGAAUAUAAAGAAAAGUGUGGCGCAUUUACAAAUCCUGUUCUCUCUCAUUUCCUAUAUUUAUUCGUAAUUGGACAUACUUAUGUUAUGAAUUUGUACCCUGCCUCUU